AUGGCAGACCUGCUGCAGGAGCGCACCGCCGAGCUGCUGACCGACUACCUGGAGUACUGUGCCCGGGAGCCGGGCACCCCCGAGCCGCCGCCGUCCACUCCCGAGGCCGCCCUGUUGCGCUCCGCGGCCGCCCGGUUACAACAGCAAUACGAGCCCUUCUUCUCCCUCUACCGCGGGCACCCAGGUAACCGCGUCGAGCUGAUGGCACAGAUGGCAGAGGCUGUUCUUUCCGACAACCAGGCCCUCAACUGGGGCCGUGUGGUGAUGCUUGUGACCUUCGCAGGGACGCUGCUGGAGAGAAAGCCGCAGGACACCCACGGGCCGCACACCCGGGACCAAGCUGCCCUGGACUGUCAGCGUCUCGUGGACUUGCUCUGUGCUCAGCUCGUGGGGCGGCACCGCGCCUGGCUGGAGGCUCAAGGCGGCUGGGAUGGCUUUUGUGACUUCUUUAGGACACCCUUGCCACUAACGUUUUGGAGAAAUCUUCUGGUCCAGAUUUUUAUGUCGUGCCUUUUAGCAACUAUCUUCAUCUAUUUCUGCAAACGAUUUUAUCGUACUUCCUAA